AUGGCAGCCAAUUAUUGGGCGUCGACACAGCGUCGGCACUGGCUGUUCUCCCGUGAGUCGCUGGCCGACGUUCGGGAGCGACUCCGGGAGAAAGAUAAGGUCACCCAUUCCCAGUUUCCGCUGCCAGAUCAACGACUGCUGAAUAUAUACUUCAAUCAGCAGCUCAUUAAACUGGGCAAGCGCAUGACUACCCGCCAACAAGCCAUUGCCACUGCCCAAGUAUAUCUCAAGCGGUUCUAUACAAAGAAUGAGAUCCGCCAGACAAAUCCGUAUCUGGUCCUCACCACCGCCUUCUACUUGGCCUGCAAAAUGGAGGAAUGCCCCCAACACAUCCGUUUCGUGGUGGGCGAAGCCCGCGGCCUCUGGCCUGAAUUCAUCACACCCGACGUCGCCAAACUAGGCGAAUGUGAAUUCGCCCUCAUCUCCGAAAUGCACUCCCAACUAAUCGUGCAUCACCCAUACCGCACGCUCUCCGAGCUCCAAACCGAGCUCGCUCUAUCCUCAGACGAGGUAGCUCUCGCCUGGUCCGUAAUCAACGACCAUUACUUAACCGACCUCCCCCUUCUCCACCCACCCCACGUGAUCGCCAUCAUGGCCAUCAUCGUCGCAGUGGUAUUCAAACCCUCUCCACCAGGUCCCUAUCUCGGCUCCGCGCAGUCCGCGCUAGCGAGCACCAUGCGUGAAGGUCAAGGCAUGAACAUGCUCGCUGCAUUAACGGAUAAGCCUGGAUCGGGCCCUCCAAAGAUUCAAAAGCUAAUUGCAUGGCUGGCGGAGAGCGAAGUGGAUAUCAAGGCCGUUAUCGAGUGUACGCAGGAACUACUGUCAUUGUAUGAAGUUUGGGAGCAGUAUAGCGAGAAACACUGCAAGGAGUUGAUUGGUCGCAUGGUUAAAAGCAAGAACUUGGACAAGUGA